GAUGAACACACUUGUCUCUUACUCAUCAUAAACUAAACAAAUAAUAUUCACAAAAACAUUACUAUUAUGGAUCCCUUUUAUCCUGAAAAUCUUUUAGGUGAAGUUUUCUUUGAUGAACCUCUAACUUCAAAUCAAAGUGAUUAUGCUAUGGCACAACAACAACCUUGUCCUACACAAAAUCCAAGUGCUUUUGUUCAAUAUAGAGAUCAACCCAAGAUUAGUUUUUUGGAAGAAAAUUCAAAUACCAUGAACAAGAGAAUGGUUGCAUUUUUGAAAAAAAGUUUGCCUUUAGAGAAAAAUAAAGUAGCUGAAUGUGAAAGAGAACGUGGUUUCAAACACAUGAUUAGUGAAAGAAUGAGAAGACAAAAACAAAGACAGUGUUGCUCCAAUUUACAUUCAGUGUUGCCUAAAGGAACAAAAACAGAUAAUAAUUCUGUAGUUCAAACAGCAGCUAAGGAAAUUCAAAGGCUACAAGGAUACAAAGAUGAAUUGGAGAGGAAAAACUUUGUGCUUGAAGAAAAUGUUGAAGUAAUUGAGAGAAGAAAACCUCAUUAUUUGAGAGUACCAUACGAUGCUACAUCUGGAAUUAUUAGUUCUAUGAUUGAGACACUCAAAUUGUUGAAAAGCAAUGGUGUGGAAACUACAAGCAUCAAGUCGAAAUUUUCUCAACAGGAGUUGUUUGCAUUCUUAGAGAUUGAAACUGAGAUUGCAGAAACUGUUGUGGAUAACAUUGCAGAUGAAAUUGACUGGAAGCUUCAACAUAAAAUCCCGGAAGGUUCCCAUAAGCAAAUAAUAUAACAUCCAAGAGUUUGGAUAUAGUCAAUUGACUAUAAUCUGUUUUUUUUGCUACAUGUAGUAUGUACUAUGUACAUUAUUUUUUUUUAUAUUGGAGACUACUAUUUUUUUUGUCGA